GAAGUGCGUACCACUGUGCUGUAAACAAACCAGACCGAACAGAGUGAUCAACACUCAGCUGAAUAAUGUAUUAUUUGAAGGAUCAAGACAUCAAUUAAACAAAUAACCUAUCGUGCAUAUUUCUCUCUGGAGACUUUUUAGUGCAGACAGGUGAUGUAACUAAACAAGUCCUAACAUGGAGGCGCAGAAAAAGCUCACUGUUUUGAAAUAUGUCCACAAGAUAGGGGGUGAGGCUAUUGAAUCACUCUCAGAAUUAAAAAGUGGACAUUUUUACCUUCAUGUUUUGGGAAUGCUAGAACAAUGGAAUCCUGGUAAACAAGAAUUGAAAUCUGAUAAGGAGCGAUUGCUGUGUGUUAAAAAGUUUUUGCAAGAUUUUUAUGAAAAUGACCCGCAACUUGAGGAAUUUCUCCAAUUUGACCUUGUCCUUGGUGACAGUAAGUCGGGAGACAAACAAGAACUGGAGCUGGCUAAGAUUGCCGUGGUGCUCCUGGGUAUCGGCGUGCUGGACAAGAAUGGCCAGACGUUCAUCAACGCGGCCCUCCAGCUGCCGCAGGAGCUGCACGGAGACAUCAUGGAGAUCAUCCAGUCGGUGGUGCAGGCCGGGAGCACAGAGGUGGCGCUCACCACCAAGGUCGAGGAGGUUCUCUGUGGCCCAACAGAAUUUAGAAACUCAGAACAAGACGAGAGAUGCUUGUCCCCCGUUCAGAACAUCGUGAAGUCCAAUGCUUUUAUGGACCCGGCCGUGACCUCCACGCCCCGCGACCCCCGCUCAGUUCGGAACGUCGCCGUGGUCAAGGACAGCCCCCUGAAGGCCAACUCGUCCCUGCUGAACUUCUCGCUGCGCGACCUGACGUCCCCGCUCCGCGGCAUGAGUCUCAACUCCUCCGUGGCCUCGUCGCCGCUCGCAAAGUUCGUCCAGUCCCCGGAGUUGAUACAGAAGGCUGUUCUGAAGCAGAAGGAGCUGGAGCUGCGUAAGGUGAAGCAGCAGCUCAACGACCAGGUUCUCCUCAAGGAGGAGGUGCAGAUGACCCUACAGGACCAGGUGGAGGCCGGCGUCAAGAAAGACGAAGACAUCCUCAAACUCCAAGAACGGGUGAAGGAGCUGCUUCAUUUGAAGGAUUCCUACGAUCAGCUCCAGGAAAUGAAAAUCAAAUACUCAGAGAUGGAAGCUCUGGUAGAAAAGAUGACAAAGAAGGUGGAGUCGCUGCAACAGUACAAGGAGCAGUGCGGACUCCUGGAGAAGGAGAGCAGCCAACACUGCGAGGAGAUGAACAAACUUCACCAAGAGAUCCGGACGUUAGAGGAGGUUGAGGAGAAGCACAAGGAGCUGGUCAAGACCAUCGGUCAUCUGGACACCGAAGUGACCACUCUACGGGUCCAGUUGGAUCAUGCAAACAAGAGCCGCCUUGAAUGGGAGGAGGAGAGGAGAGCUCUGAACAGCAAUCUGGAGAUGGAAAAAGAGAAGAACGGGGAAAUAAAGAGAGAGCUUGAGGAGCUGCUUGCAGCCCAACAUGCCAAUGCUGCACCGGGAGAGUCUAUGGGCAUCUUUGUGGACCUACAGGUGGGAGAGCUCCGCUGCCAGCUGGAGGAGUUGCAGCAGGAGAGAGAUCGGCUGAGGCUGCGGCUGGAGGAGAUGGAGAAGUCGCUGGGCGACAAGUCCACUGAGCUGUCCACUCUCCAGGCGUCGGGCGUGUCUGCAGCAAGCGAGAUUGAGCGGUUGACGGAGGCUGUGAGGACCAAAGACGCUGAACUAGAGUCUCUCAAUAGUCUGGUAGCCGAGCGGAAUACUCGAGUCAAGGAAGUAGAGGCGUUGAAGGCAUCUGCGCUGAAAGAAGUGGAAGAGAUGAAGACAGCGUUUGAUGAAAAAGACGGACAGCUGAGACAGGUGGAGGAAAUGAAGGUCCAGCUGGAAGAAAACGUCGUCAGAUUGGAGGAGGAUGUCAAGGAGAGAGAAAACGCCAAUGUGGAGAUGAAAUGUAAGCUCGAAGCUCUCACUAGCCAAGUUAAAAACUUUGAAGAGGAACUUGCAUCGAAGGCAACAGAAGCUGAAACAUUGGUGAAGGAAAAGGAGCAGGUGGUGAAUGAACUCAGAGAGAAAACAGAAGAAGGUGAAAAUCUGCAGAGAGAGCUUGUCGAGAAAGAGAAGACAUUGUCAGACCUUCUCCAGGAAAAGGAAUCUAUUUCUGCAAAACUGACAGCUGAGACAGAAGAAAAUGAGAAACUUUCAUCGGGUCUAAGUGAGACGGAAAAAUCUCUGACAGUCGCGCAAGAAGAGCUGAAAAACAUGUGUGCCUCAGUGAAAUGUCUGACUGAAGAAGUUGAAGAACACAGCGAGACAAUAAAGAAACUUCAUCUCCGGGAGGCGGAUGUUGUGGCCAUGAAGGAACAGCUGGAGAAAGACAAUCAGGACUUGCAAGAAAAUGCGAAGCACCAAUCUAGUGAACUGGAACAGAAAGAAAAUCAUCUCAAGGAAGUCAAAGAACAACUUGUUGAAGCAUCAGAAAAUGUGCUGUCUUUGAGAAGGCAAAUUGAUACAAAGGAUGGAAGUAUUUCUGAAAUGUCUGAGCAAUGUGCACAGCUGAACGCAGAGUUGUCACAUAAGUCUGAGCUGCUCUCCAGAGUUGAGAACGAAAAGGCACAAAUGACGGACAAAUUGUCAGAAGAGCAAGGAAAGACUCGUGAACUGCAAGCGGAAAUUGAAACCCUGAAGGUGGACGUGUCCCAUCACGUGGCGGCUUGUGAGGAGAAAUCCAAAUCUGUCGGAGAACUCUUGGCCCUGAAGCAGUCCUACGAAGAACGUGUUGAAGCCUUGACCAACAAGUUUUCCGAUCAGAGCGAUGAAUGUAGCAUUCGACAGCAGACGAUUUCUGACCUAUCACAACAGGUGGCCGACCUGCAGGAACAAGUGUCUGCCAAAUGUGAAGAAACUGGCGGUCUGAGACGUGACUUGACGACUCUCACAUCAGAAGUCGAGUCCAAGUCCCAGCUGAUCGGGGAACUUGAAAAUCAGUUGAGUGAAAAGGUUCAGGCGUAUGAUACGCUGAGCACAGAAAAAGAAUCUGUCCGUACCACUCUCUCUGCCGUUGUCGAAGAAAAAGAAAGUUUCUCCCGACAGCUCCAGGAGAAAAUGGUUGAGAUCUCCGGUCUGGAGCAGCAGCUACAGGAGAAGUUGUCGGAGGCAACGAGCACCGCGCAGGAAGUGGAAAGUACCAAGACGAGCAUGGCCACCCUCCAGGAAGCGGAAGUCAAUUUGAAUGUUGAAAUACAAGAACUCAAAGAUCAGAACAGAAAGCUGGUGGAGCAGUGUGAAGAGUUCAACUGCCAAGUGGCCCAAAAUGUCUCAGAAAAGGAGCAAUUGUUGAAGAGCGUUGAGUCCAAGAACUUGGAAAUUGAAGCUGCUCAGGAACAAAUUGAAAAAUUAAAAUCAGAAGUCAAGGAACAAAUUGGUACACAGGCAGAACUUCAAAGUGACAAUAGCAAGGUGGCGGAAAAUCUGGCCCAAGUCUGUGGGGAAAGAGACGAGCUGAAGCAGAGUGUGGAGGACAAGGAGGCUGAGAUUGUGUGGCAGCUGGCGGAGAUCUCUCGGCUCACGGAGGAGACUCAACAACUGACGACGACUCACCAGGCCACCGCUGGGAGAAACGAGGAACUGUCUGGGGAAAUGGCGCUGGUCGUGGAAGAGAGAGACAAACUGACAGGGGACGUGCGGGCUCAGUGUGAAACUAUUUCUACACUGAAUCAGCGAAUGGCGGAGCUGGAAGGGAAAAAUUGCGAGCUGGAAAAUAACAUCAAGGAACUCAACGAGAAGCUGCUCCAGGCUACUCAGGAGAAGGACUCGGUGUCUGCAGAGAAGGAAACCAUGGCAACCGAAGCUGGGGAACAGAGCUCUCAAAUCUCUCUCUUGUCGCAGGAGUUGAAGCAGAAAUCAGAGGCCUUGGAGAACAGCGAGACCACCAUCGGUGAACUCAAACAACAGCUGCAAGAGCAGGGUGAGGCCAGGCAGGGAGUGAUGCAAGAGAAAACCGAAGUGUGCGCGCUGCUGAAAUCGAAGGAAGAAACUGUUUCCCAACUCACUGCAGAUCUUGAACAGAAGAACAUUGCUCUUGAAGAAAGUGCUCGAAAGAUUGAAGAUUGGACGGCCAGGUUUGCUGAUUUUGAGCAAAAAUAUAACGCCGAUAUUUCUGAAAAGACAAGUGAGGCUGAACUUCUCAGAAUUAAAGUCGAGACUCUCUCUUCCAACAUGAAUGAUAAUGAGAAAACGAGCAGAGAGGAAGUGCUCUCGCUGAAAGAACAGGUUCACAAACACGAGGCUAGCUUACUGCAGAAGAACGAAGAGGUACAAUCAAGAGAGACCGUUAUUGCAGAGUUGAAGGAAACCGUGACCGGUCAAGAUUCGAGAAUGACGGAACUGAAAACUGAGUUGGAUCAACGCUGCAAGACAGCCCUUGAUCUACACAGCGAGGUAGAGUCUCAGGCUAGACAGCUGGAAGAGCUGCGCACGACGGUGGAGGAACAGACCAGCAGCGUGGCUGGCUUGACGGAGGUGCUGAACUCCAAGGAGCUUGCACUCGCCGAAGCCAGGGACAACGCGGAGCUGGAGAGAACAUCCGCAAAGAAGUUAUCGGAAGAGCUGGAAGGUAAAUGUUCCGAGAUUUCUGAGCUGACAAACACCCUCGAGGAGAGGUCAACGCGGGCAGCGCAGCUCGAGUCCCGAGCUAAUGACCUUGAAAAAGAACUUGGAAUGAAAAGUGUUCAGUACGAAGAAAUGGUGCAGGCAGUGAGCACCAAAGAUGAUGAUUGUAAACAGAAAGAUGAGGAACACUCGCGUGUCGUGUGUGAGGUACAGACACUUCAGGCGGCCGUUCAGGAAAAAGACGAGCAAAUCGAGCAGAAAUCUCAAGAAAUCGCUCACCUCAACGAGGAGUUCAGUAGCCUGAGGUCGUUACAACAAGAUCAAAUCUCAACCCUACAGAAGGAACACGCUGGCGAGCUGGCGUCUCUAAAGGAAGAGACUGGCACGAUGCUGGAAAAUCUGAGGGUCAAGUUUGAGGCGGCGAAGGAGUCGGAGAUGCAGAUGUUGUCGGGCCAGAAGGCUGAGGCAGACGCUCAGCUGGGAGAGGUCAGGGGUCGGCUCCAGAGCCAGCUGGAGGAGGUCAGAGUUCAGGCAGACGCUCAGCUGGAGGAAGUCAGGGAGCAGCACCAGAGGGAACUGAAAGAGGUCAGGGGUCAGGCAGAAGCUCAACUGGAGGAGCUGAGAGCCCAACACCAGAGAGAGCUGGAGGAGGUCAGAUGUCAGUUGGAAGAGGUCAAGGGUCAACACCAGAGAGAGCUGGAGGAGGUCAGAUGUCAGUUGGAAGAGUUCAGGGGUCAACACCAGAGGGAGCUGGAAGAGCUGAGAGCCCAACACCAGAGGGAGCUGGAGGCGAUGGGCCGACAACACACAGAGAUGAUCCAGGAGCUGGAGACUCAGGCCCAGGACCGCGACUCUCAGGAGGUGGCAGCCAGGGAGCAGAUGAUUUUGAGCGUCCGGGAACAAUAUGAACAACAGCUAAAGAGCCUAGAAGAAGAGAGCAGGCAGAAGUUGUCCAUCCUGGAGAGCGACCUGAAGAGAGAGCAGCGGGCUCACAGGGAGAUGGAGGAGGAGCUGGGCUGUCAGAGGACGGCCGUGGUUCAGUUGGAGGAGGAGGUGCGCUGGGAGAAGAAGGAGAGGGAGAUCCUUGUACACACUGUACGCCAAGAAAACGAAGGCAAACUAUUGGAAAUACAGCAGAGUCAGCAGCUGAGGGUGGAAGGACUUGUGGCAGAGAACAGUGCGCUCAACAAACAGAUCUCGGAAUUCCAAGACUCGUUAAGUUCGAUGAAACGUGACCACCUGAGCCAGGAACUGGUCAAGAAAGAUCUGGAGAAUCAGCUGUCGGCCUUGAGAGAGGAAUGGAAAUUGAGCCGAGAAGAGCAGAGAGCUAAUGUGGAGCAAGUGGCGGAGACGCACAAGCGAGAGCUGCUGGCCUCGAGGCAGGAGGUGGAAGAGAUGAUGAUGACAAUGGCAGCCACUCAGGAACAGCUGGAGGAGAUCAAAGAGAAAUACUCCGAGACAUCUCAGCUGGCCGAGGACAUGCAGAUGAAGAUGGACAACUUGACCGCGGCUCACGAAGUGGAAACUUCCAGGCUGAAGGGACAGUUACAGGACCAAGAGCUGACAGGGAGAGAGCAGAAGACGUCCUAUGAAGUGCUUACGAACAAGCAGAGCCAGCUGGAGAAAAAAUGCAAGACUCUGCAGGAGGACAACCAGGCAUUCCGGGAGCGAGAGACCAAGCAGCUCCGGGAGCACGACGCACAGAUGAAGAAGGCCAACGAGUUCUGCACCGACCUUCGCAAACAGCUGGACUCGGAAAACAAAAAGCGGGAAUCGUCGGAGAAGGAACUGCAAAGACUAAGCAGCCUGUGCCGUCGCCACGAGCAACAGGUGUCCAAGAUAAAGGAGACCAACACGAGCCUGUCCAGCGCCCUGAAGAUUGAGCGAGACAGCAACGUGAAGAUGCAGAAGCGCAUGGAAGGCUUCCUGUCCAAGUUUGAGGAGAUGAAGCUCAAACAUGAAGGCCUGAACAAGGAGAACAAGGAUCAGGCAAUGGAAAUGGCUCGUAUGAAGGUGGCCCUUGACCUGUCGGUGAGGAAGGUGAAGGUCUUACAGCAGCAACUGGACCAGGCCGGGGCGGAGUUGCUGGGGGACAGAAGUCACUUUGAGCGGCUCAUUUCCGAGAAAGAACCAGAGGCCCUCAAUGCUUCUAUUGAGAGCAAGGCAUCAAGCUAUUCACUGAGGUCAAGGUCAAGACGAACGUCAGGAGAUGACAGCUUCCAUGAAAAUCAAACUGAGGAUGCCUUUAUUGCAAGCAAUGUCAAGGAUACACGGAAUCCCAGCGCCCCGGAUGCUCCAGACAGACUCAUCACCAGCAAAGUGCGGCAGCCGGUGGACAGAAUGAGCAUAGCCUCCACUUCCUCCACUCACUCUAUCCGGUCACUCAAUGGGGUUCAAGGCGCUGUCCUCCCUAACGCCAUGUCGUGCGCCAACGAGCCGGAGGGACCAGACUUUGAGUGGAACCGUCUGAGCGAGCUGCAGCGGCGGAACACCAUGUACCUCCCUCACCUCCAGUCCUCCUACCCCGUGGAGAUGCAGACGGUGAGGAAGGAGAAGCUCAGCGACGACUCGCUCAGGCUGAGUCUCAUGCCGGACAGGAAGACCAGGUCACACUACGCCUCGACUCAGAACGUUGGCCCAAUCAAAGACACGGAGUCCACGGCUCAGAAGAGGAAAGCUCCAACAGCAAAGUCAGACGCAGAGGAACAACAUCUGGGAGAGAGUCCGUCUAAACAGAGAAAGUCUCAAGACAAAACCCCUCCCGGAACAAUUGUGUUUAUCCCACUGGCUCGCAACGGCCCAUCCUACCACCGACCGGGACCCCCGACCCCCGGCAAACAGCCCCGGCGAGUCUCCGGCCGGUUCACCCCGAGUCAAACAGUCUCCCCAAAGCCCGUGUCCAGCAGACAGAAAGGCGCCGGGCAGACGGCGCCACAGGGAAUGUCCACGCCCAAGAAGAAGAGGACGCCACGGAGGUCCCCUCGGUUUGUCGAACCGCUCAGCCCAGCGUCGUCUGCUGCCGCCGAAGAUGAUCGUCGUGAGUCAGUGGCCUUCAGCAUCGGCUUCACCCCAGACAAAGCCAAGAGCCACAAGCGACUGAUGAAGAGAGGCGGCUUCUUCAGUCGAGGAGACAAGAACAGCGCGGCCAGCAACAAGGCGGCACAUGAGGCCAAGAAGUCACAGGAUCUACGUUAGAGAAUCGCAAGCCCCUGGGUAUAAGGAAUUUUCUGGAAACCGGGAUAUAAGCAGCUUGUGAUAACCAAGGAUUUUUAAUGUUGACCACGAGGCUGUCUGAAAUACUGCUGUACUAGGAGAAAAAGAUUCUCCGCAGUUCAUUCUCACAUCUUACACUAUUGGCUGUACAGAUUUUUUUUAACGGACGCCUGUUGCUUUUAUUAUUCAAAGUAAAAGUGAAGACAAAUCAUACUUUAUUUAUGCAAAGGCAGAGUCUUAUCUGCUUCUUUUAUCUUACUCCGGAUGUGUCUUUAUGGUUGGCGCGUUUUGGAAUUGAAAUGUAAGUGAAAUGGGUCUACAAUGCCACUAUGUGAGUCUAUUUUUGUUGGGGAUAUUGUUAAAGCUCAUCAGUUUAUUUGAUGACGAAAUACUGAAGGGGGGAAUC